GAAGAGCUGCUCACACAGAGGGGGAAACUGCUGGCUGGCAGUGUUGGUUUUUCUAAGUGUAUUUAUUCACCCCGUCUCCUUUCCUAUUGUGUUAAUGAUUUUCGCUAUCUGUGUAAAUGUCCCUUUAAGUUAGUUUAUUGGCGCCACGGUCAGUGUUUCCUCUACAGUAAGCGUAUUAUCAAGCCAGCGACUCUUGACUGUCUCCAGCCUGCAACUUCCCGUCACCGAGAAGAACGAAGACGGAAAGAGCGAGCAGCUGAAAAGGAAACAGGGUCGGUCAAUAAGAAUACAGCGAAAUCUACACGGAUAUCAGACUGAUAGACAAGUCGAUAUAGUUGUCUUCUUUUAGUCGACUAGGCGGAUCUGCGUUCUUCUCAUUGUGACUUGCUUGCCAACCGUCAUUUUCCUUGUUGAGCACCCGGCUGCGGCUUGCUCCACUGUCGCCGAGGCUCGAGCCAACCACUGGUGGGGGGUUUAAUGGGAACCUUGUUUAGAUAGAACUCCCUUCUCCCCCCCACCCCCCCGACGGACCCUCGCUCGAAUCCAAUUCGGGCGCUGUCUUCCCCGGGGGGUGCCCGGUUUUUGCUUAGUCUGACUGGGGAAGGAGGGCGGUCCCCCAGCCUUGACUGUCGCUCUGGCCGACCCUAGUGGACCCUAAUAUGGCAGGAAAUCUGAAGAAAGGCGGAGGACUGAUCGGGAUGAUGAAGGACGCGUUUCAGCCCCAUCACCACCUCCAUUCCAAUCACCAACCAGGGGCCGUGGACAAAAAGACCGUGGAGAAAUGCUGGAAACUAAUGGACAAGGUGGUGCGACUGUGCCAGAACCCCAAGCUGGCACUGAAGAACAGCCCACCUUACAUCCUGGACCUGCUGCCAGACACCUACCAGCACCUCCGCACCAUCCUGUCCCGCUACGAGGGCAAGAUGGAGACGCUAGGCGACAACGAGUAUUUCCGCGUCUUCAUGGAGAACCUGACCAAGAAGACCAAGCAGACCAUCAGCCUGUUCAAGGAGGGCAAGGAGCGCAUGUAUGAGGAGAACUCUCAGCCCAGACGGAACCUGACCAAGUUGUCGCUGAUCUUCAGUCACAUGCUGGCUGAGCUCAAAGCCAUCUUCCCCAACGGCCUGUUCCAGGGGGAUAACUUCCGGAUCACCAAGGCUGACGCCGCCGAGUUCUGGAGAAGAUCAUUUGGGGACAAGACGAUAGUGCCUUGGAAGGUGUUCCGGCAGGCACUGCACGAGUUCCACCCCAUCAGCUCGGGCCUGGAAGCCAUGGCCCUCAAGUCCACCAUCGACCUCGCCUGCAACGACUACAUCUCCGUCUUCGAGUUUGACAUCUUCACCAGGCUUUUCCAGCCUUGGUCGUCUCUGCUGAGGAACUGGAACAGCCUGGCGGUGACUCACCCGGGCUACAUGGCCUUCCUCACCUACGAUGAGGUCAAGGCCCGGCUGCAGAAGUUCAUCCACAAGCCUGGCAGCUACAUCUUCAGGCUGAGCUGCACGCGACUGGGCCAGUGGGCCAUCGGCUACGUCACUGCAGAUGGGAACAUCCUGCAGACCAUCCCCCACAACAAGCCCCUCUUCCAGGCCCUCAUCGACGGCUUCCGGGAAGGAUUCUACCUGUUCCCCGACGGGCGCUCCCAGAACCCAGACCUCACAGGACUGUGUGAGCCCUCGCCACAAGACCAUAUCAAAGUCACACAGGAGCAAUAUGAGCUGUACUGUGAGAUGGGCUCCACCUUCCAGCUGUGUAAGAUCUGUGCGGAGAACGACAAGGACGUGAAGAUCGAGCCCUGCGGUCACCUCAUGUGUACCUCCUGUCUCACCGCCUGGCAGGAGUCGGAGGGUCAGGGCUGCCCAUUCUGCCGGUGUGAGAUCAAGGGCACGGAGCCCAUCGUGGUUGACCCCUUUGACCCCAAGGACCCCAUAGGGGGCUCCUACGGGAGCUGCAGGGGUAUUUUUGGGGCGGAGGGUGCCCCGUCGCCCAGCUACGACGAUGACGACGACGACCGGCUGGAAGACCCCCACCUCAUGAUGAGCAAGCUGGCCUGUUCCAAGGUGGAGCGGCCCCCUUCGCCCAUGUCCCUGGCGCCCCAGUCCUCCCUGCCCCCCGUGCCCCCCCGCCUCGACCUCCUGCAACACCGACCGCCCAACCCCCCAGGAGCAUCCAGCCCAGGGACCACGUCCAAGGCGUCCUCCCACCACAAGGACAAGCCUCUCCCCCUGCCCCCAGCCCUGAGGAAUCUGCCCCCUCCUCCUCCACCAGACAGACCUCUCUCUGCCGGGCCUGACGGGUGGCUCGGCAGACGGCCACUACCCUGCACCCCCCUGGGGGAGCCCAAGCUCCCCCCGGCCCCGCCCAACCGCAACCUGGCCGACUGGAACCCCAGGCCGGUGCCCAAGGCCCCCGGACAGCCACCCGGUGUGGGAGACAGGCAGCUCUCCAACAGACACUCCCUCCCCCUGGCCCUACCGUCAGCCCUAGACGGAUGCACAGACGGACAGCGGAACAACAGCUCGCUCAGUCUGGACCAUCAGCUGGUGAAGGGAGCCCAGAGUUUUGGAGGCACCGCGUCUGGCAGUCAGGAGUAUGACAACCCCAAAGUGAGGCCUUCGGUCUCGGCCAAUGCCAUCUACGCUCUGGCAACAAGACCCCAUCCAGAUCUGAAGCCUGUGGCUGGGGGGGAGACCUACGAGAGUGACGAGGAGUCCGACUACAUGAUCCCCACCUCUCGGCCCGUCCUUGCCCCCAUGGCAGCCCCCCUUGUGGUGACAGAGGCCCCAGCCCCCAAACCCCCCCAGCCCAGCUCUCUUAACUCAUGGCCCAUGCUGAAGGACCUGGAUGAAGGACCUCAAAUGUAUGAAGCCAUGUAUAACAUCCAGGCCCAGGCCCUCACAGCCUCCCUGCCUCACCUGGCCAGAGACUCGGAUUGCUCUGAGCUGCCCCCCAUGGCCAGUACCAAUGGUCCCAUCUGGGAGAUCCCCUGCCCGGUCCGGGAGCUUCCCGAGGAGGUAGAGGAGGAGAACGGCUACGACAUCCCCAAACCAGCGUUGCCCAUGGCCCGACGCACCCUCUCCGAACUGGGGGCCGCCACCAGCCGUCUUGUCAUGGACAGCGAGCCCGGAGCGUCUGCCUCCUUCUCAGAGUCCAGUGACGCCCCAGAGCGGCCGCCCAAGCCCCUCCCCCGCCGCUUCAACUCAGAGCGCCGGCGCAGCCCCAUACCUCCUGGAUUAGGCACUGGAGGAGGCGGAGGAGGGUCGGGAGAAGGAGGUGGAGUAGUAGCCAACCCCCAGAUCACCAGUGAGAUUGAGCAUCUCAUGAGCCAAGGCUAUACCUACCAGGACAUCCAGAAAGCCCUGAUGAUUGCACAGAACAAUAUGGAGAUGGCCAAGAAUAUCCUGCGCGAGUUUGUCUCCAUUCCCUCCACGGCGCACAUUCUUACAUAGUACCUCCUUUGCUCCAGCCCUGCCCAGCUCAGCCCAAAGCCCAUCGCCUGCAGUACUAGCGCUUCAGUGCUAACCGGAGCCCCUGCAGUCUCCUGUCCGGCGCCCUCUCAAAGCUAGCUCGAUGCUAACUGUGUGUGACUCCGAGUCCUGCACUCCACGUGAUUUUCUCAAGAGAGUCUGGACGCCUUUUGUAAUGUGCUGCAGGGCCACUCUCCAUAUCCCAUGUGGUGAUGCUGAUGGCUCAUCAUGCAACCGAAGCUUCGGCGGUCAUUCUCAGUCGUUUUCGCGUCCUUCAGAGGCCUCUACCGAAAUGUAAUCGACACCUCGCAACAAAACAAAACAUGUACGUGUGUCUAUAUAAGAAUUUAAUAUAUAACAAAAUAUAUAUUAAAUGUGUAUAAUGUAUACAUAUAUAUUUCCAAUGAGUUCCGCUUCGAAAGGUCUUUUUUUUCUUCAUGUCGUUCAUGUUAAGGAUAGAUUGCAGAGGACAAAGAUGGUGGUUCUUUGAAGCCGCUCUGAGCGAGAGAGCACCCUUCUAUAGUCCCCAGCCCUCACUUUGAGGAGAAAGACAGACUUGGUUUAGCAUUUAGAAGCAGGCGUUUCCUAAACAUUUGGCAACAUGUCAAAUGUGGCCUUUUUAAUGAUAUUGCUUCGGUACUUUCUGGGGGAAAUUAGUGUUUGUGUGUUGCCUCAAAGUAGCAUAAUGUUAGUGUUAAGAGGUCUGGACUGUCAUCUCCAGCUAAGGUUGUAGCCCAGUGUGUGGUUUGUGUGUGUGUGCGCUUUCAAGUGAUCUACAGCUAAGGGAAAGGUUAAACCCAUAGGGUGUAUGUGUCUUUGUCUGGGAUGUGUCUUUGUCUGGGAUGUGUCUUUGUCUGGGAUGUGUCUUUGUCUGGGAUGUGUCUUUGUCUGGGAUGUGUCUUUGUCUGGGAUGUGUCUUUGUCUGGGAUGUGUCUUUGUCUGGGAUGUGUCUUUGUCUGGGAUGUGUCUUUGUCUGGGAUGUGUGUUAGGUGUGUCUGGCCAUUGACUUGGCUACUAGGGUAGGGACGCGUGAUGGCUGACCGAGUUCACGGUUGACAAUUUGACUUAAGCCCGGUGAAAAGCAAAGCUGCUUUGACUAUGUUAUUAGCUAUAUGCAUCAUUUUCUACUGUGGGUAGCUUUAUUUUCUACAUCUAAUCGCCUCAUCAGUGAUUUCGAUGACCAAACUGGGACUGGGAAGCCUGUGUUUAGUUUUUUCACUAAGACGGUUUUUAGAGGCAGUCCUGGCUCUGCUGUUAAGCCACACAAAUGUGUGAUACCAACUUCGGGUGACUUGGAUGUCUAUGUUAGCGCAGUGGAAGAGGGGGUUCUCUCUCUCACUCCCACUCCCAUUCUGUCAGAUCUAAUCAAUCGAAGCCAUCUGGGAGGUCCCGAUUGGCCCAUGUCCCAAUCCCUCUUCUAUCCCUGUGCAAAAUGAAUGUGGGUUGGUCGUUAAAUGUAGUGCUCUUUCUAAACUUACUUCUUUCUACCAAUCGUCUGAAUGGGAGGGGCAAAGUGUACUUAAAUCUAACGGUGGGCAAAAAAGUAUUGACGGAUUCUAUUAAAGGCCCAGUACCGGGCCAAGAUUUUAUGAUGUGUUGAACACAGCUCCGACAUGAGGAGAGCUUCGUCCGAGACGUACACCGAAGCUGUUCAGCGUUGUGAAAGAAAAAAAUAUAUAUAUGUCAUCGAUUUACUUUAAUAAUAUAUUAUUAUUAUGAUCAUUAUUGUUAUUAUUAAUUCAGAAGUGCUUUACUGCUGCUACUAUUGUUAUUGCUAUACUAUUAAGCCUUAAAUGUACAUUUGUGAAUAUUAUUGUUUAACCUCCUCUUUUUUUUUUUUUUUUAAAGUGACAGUAUCUAAUUUGUGUUCUUUAUUUGGUGAUGUAGCAUACUUGAAAAUGCAAGCAGCUUGGGUUGUGCAAUUCAAGCUGAAUUCAGUUGUUUUCCUAUCUUUAGUGUUGGACUGGAUAGCCUUUAGGGGAAUUAUGAUGACAUCAUAAAUCGCACUGUCAACAUAUUGACCGAAGUGGUAGCACCGGCAGAACGAACCAUGUGAUUGAAGAAAAGGAACAGUGCCAUAACUCAGGGGAGUACAUCUAAUCCAGAUGAAAUUGGGUGUUGUGCAAGCUUUGUUAUUAAAGGAUCGUCUUAAUUGCACGGCUGCAAAAAGCCCAGUAGCUUAGGGAACAAGGACAUGUUGAGACGCACACCCAAAAUGUUGAUGAGUCGCACCCCCCCCAAAAGUGGACAGAAAGUUGCAUAUUCUAUAUAACUCUUAUUUAUUUUUGUAAACCUUUCCGGUCACACAUUGACAGGGUUAUAAAGAGUGUUUUACUUUAUUUUUCCUACAGAGAUAUUACAUCUGUUGUUUGGGUCAACGUAACAGCAGGGUUUGUGGACCAGUUGGGAAUGUGGAAAUUUUGUUCUCUGUUUUCACGGAGAGGUUUCCCCAAAAUCCUGGUUGGAGAAUUGCCAAGUUUUAGGAUUCCCCUCCCUGUUAUUACUUCCUGAUUCCAAGAAAACCUGGGAAUUGUGGUAACAUUUCUGGAAUUUUGCAAUCCGAUCUGUAACUCAGGAAUACCAUAUGUACACUAACCAGACAAGUGACUUUUCACAUGGACUGUUCUGACUCGUCUUGACUCAAUGAGUUGACAACACAUUGUUAAACUAACGAAUACACUCAUUAAAUACAGUAGGUGCACCAUGUUCCUGUAUGACUACAUGAUAGGUCUUCAUUAACUUUUGAGUGUUCCGAUUCAGUGGUUAUAGGACCUUCAGAGUUUGAACGCAAUCCAGAAACUUCUAUUUUUAGGGAGACUACACCGAUGAAAUAUGCGAAAGUCCACACGAAUUGACAAAAGUAACCUAUAACUAAUUGUCAUCAUAACUUGCACAUCAUCUUGUGCUGACUUCUCUUACAUUGUUGGUUAAAUGUAGAAAUUGCACUGGCUCAAAUUUCCAUAAUUUUAUCUCCAAGACGGGUACUAUUGAGGUACAUUGACUUCACCCCUAAAGGUGGAGAGGCUCUGUUAAUGGGAUUGUCGCAAUGGGCUGUAGAAUCAUCUUAUAGGCUAGCUUCUCAACUGUAUCUCAGUCUCCAGACUGGACGAGGUUUGUGGUGUCCUUAGUUUAUUUUUCUUCUGUUCCUAGUUGCCUUGAGCGAAACGUUGAUGUAACUUUUGAGUGCACCAUGUUCAAUAGGGAUUGUGUGGUUUCGCCUCCCGAGUGACAGCAGUCUAAGGCACUGCAUUGCAGUGUUGCGGCAUCACUACAGCCUGGGGUUUGCUCCCAUUACCGAGUCCCAUAGGGUGGUGCACAAUUGGCCCGCGCCAUCCGGGUUAGGGAAGGGGUUUGAUCGGUGGGGCUUUACUUGGCUCAUCGUGCUCUAGUGACUCCUUGUGGUGGGCUGUGUGUCUGCAGGCUGACGACGAUCGCCAGUUGAACUGUGUUUCCUCCGACACAUUGGUGCAGCUGGCUUCUGAGUUAAGCGAGCAGGUGUUAAGAAGCGUGGUUUGGGGUCAUGUUUCAGAGGAUGCAUUUCUCUGCUAUCGCCUCUCCCGAGCCCGAUGAGGAGUUGCAGCGAUGAGACAAGUUCUUAAUCACAAAAUUGGGGGGGGAAGAGGGUUAAAAUUACAAAAAUAAAUAAAGGGUUUGUGAGGUUUCAGAACGGAAUUGCUUUUCCUUUAAUAUUAAUUACUGUACUGAUUCUUGUCUAGGUAUGAACAUGUACAGUGCAUUCGGAAAGUAUUCAAACACCUUGACUUUUCCACUUUUUUUUACAGCCUUAUUCUAAAAUGGUGUAUAUGGUUGUUUUUUUUCUCAUCAAUCUAUACGCAAUACCCCAUAAUGCAUUUUUGCAAAUGUAUAAUUUAAAAAAAAAAACAUUACAUUUACAUAAGUAUUCAGACCCUUUACUCAGUACUUGUUGAAGCACCUUUGACAGCGAUUACAGCCUUUUCUUCUUUGGUAUGAAGCUACAAGCUUGGCAAACCUGUAUUUGGAGAGUUUCUCACAUUUUUCUCUGCAGACCUUCUCAAGCUCAGUCAGGUUGGAUGGGGAGCGUCGCUGCACAGCUAUUUUCAGGUCUCUCCAGAGAUGUUCGAUUGGGUUCUUGUCUGGGCUCUGGCUAGGCAACUCAAGGACAUUCAGUGACUUGUCCCGAAGCCACUCCUGCGUUGUCUUGGCUGUGUACUUAAGGUCAUUGUCUGGUUGGAAGAUGAACCUUGGCCGAGGUCCUGAGCGCUCUGGAUUAGGUUUUCAUCAAGGAUCACUCUGUACUAUCCUCCGUUUAUCUUUCCCUCAAUUCUGACUAGUCUCCCGGUCCCUUCCGCUGAAAAACAUUCCCACAGCAUGAUGCUGCCCCCACCAUACUUCACCGUAGGGAUGGUGCCAUGUUUCUUCUGUACGUGACGCUUGACAUUUAGGCCAAAGAGUUCAAUCUUGGUUUCAUCAGACCAGAAAAUCUUAUUUCUAAUGGUUUGAGAGUCCUUUAGGUGCCUUUUGGCAACUCCAAGCCAGCUGUCAUGUGCCUUUUGGCUGAGUGGCUUCCGUCUGGCCACUCUACCAUCAAUUCCUGCUUAGUGGAGUGCUGCAGAGAUUGUUGUCCUUCUGGAUGUUCCUCCCAUCUCCACAGAGGAACUCUAGAGCUCUGUCAGAGUGACCAUCAGAUUCUUGGUCACCUCCCUGCCCAAGGCCCUUCUCCCCCGGUUGCUCAGUUUGGCCGGGUGGCCAACUCUAGGAAGAGUCUUGGUGGUUCCAAACUUCUUUAAUUUAAGAAUGAUGGAAGCCACUGUGUUCUUUGGGAUCUUCAAUGCUGCAGACAUUUUUUGGUACCCUUCCCCAGAUCUGUGCCUUAACACAAUCCUGUCUCGGAGCUCUACGGACAAUUAAUUUGACCUCAUGGCUUGGUUUUUGCUCUGACAUGCACUGUAAACGGUGGGACCUUAAAUAUAGAUGUGUGUGUGUGCCUUUCCAAAUCAUGUCCAGACAAUUGAAAUUACCACAGGUGGACUCCAAGCAAGUUGUAGAAACAUCUGAAGGAUGGUCAAUGGAAACAGAAUGCACAUGAGCUCAAUUUCGAGACUCAUAGCAGAGGGUCUGAGUACUUGUAUAAAUAAGGUAUUUCUGUUUUUUGAAUUUUUAGUACAUUAGCAAACAUUCCUAAAACCCUGUUUUUGCCGUGUCAUUAUGGUGGGUUGAUUUGAGGAAUUUAUUUAAUUCAUUUUAAAAUAAGUCUGUAAUGUAACAAAAUGUGGGAAAAGUCAAAGGGUCUGAAUACUUUCCGUAUGUGCCUUCAGAAAGCAUUUAUACCCUUAGACUUAUUCCACAUGUUGUUGUUACAGCCUGAAUACAAAAUGGAUGACAUAAACAUUUCUCACCCAUCGACACACACUACCACAUAAUGACCAAUUGAAAACAUGUUUACAAAUAUAUUGUAAAUGAAAUGCAGAAAUCUCAUUUGCAUAAGUAUUCACAUCCCUGAGCCAAUAUGUGUUAGAAUCACCUUUGGCAGCGAUUUACAGCUGUGAGUCUUUCUGGUUAAGUCUCUAAGAGCGUUACACUCCUGGAUUGUACAAUAUUUGCACAUUCUUUAAAAAAUAUAUUUUUAAAGCUCUAUCAAAUUGGUUGUUGAUCAUUGCUAGACAACCAUUUUCCACUCUUGCCAUAGAUUUUCAAGCAGAUUUAAGUAAAAACUAACUCAGCCACUUGUGAACAUUCACUGUCUUCUUGGUAAGCAACUUCAGUGUAGAUUUGGCCUUGUCCUGCUGAAAGGUGAAUUAAUCUCAUAUUGUCUGGUGGUAGGCAGACGGAACCAGGUUUUCCUCUUUUGCUUGUGGUUAGCUCCAUUCCGUUUUUAUUUAUUUUUUAUCCUGGAAAGCUCCCCAGUCCUUAACGAUUACAAGCAUACCCAUAACAUGAUCCAGCCACCACCAUGCUGAAAAUAUUGGGAUUGGUGCUCUGUUGUAUUGGUUUGCUCCAAAUAUAACCCUUUGUAUUCAGGAUAAAAAGUGAAUUUCUUUGCCACAUAUUUUGUGGUAUUACAACAGGAUGUAUGUUUUUGAAAUAUUUUUCUUCUGCACAGGCGUCCUUUCCAUUCUAUCAACUGGGUUAAUAUUGUGGAGUAACAACAAUGUUGUUGAUCUAUCCUCAGUUUUAUCCUAUCACAACCGUUAAACCCUGGAACUGUUUUGAAGUCACCAUUGGUCUCAUGUUGAAAUCCCUGGGCAUUUUCCUUCCUCUCCAGAAAACUGAGUUAGGAGGAUGCCUGUAUUUUUCUAAUGACUGGGUGGGUUGAUACACCAUCCAAAGUGUAAUUAAUAACUUCACCAAGCUCAAAGGGAUAUUCCAAUGUCUGAUUUUUAUACCAAUAGGUGCCCUUCUUUGCAAGGCAUUGGAAAACUUCCCUGGCCUUUGUUGUUCAGUCUGUGUUUGAAAUUCACUGCUCAACUGAGGGACCUCACAGUAUGUGUGGGUUACAGGGAUGAGGUAGUUAUUCAGAAAACAUGUAAAACACUAUUAUUGCACACGGAAUCAGUCCAUGCAACUUAUGUGACUUGCUAAGGGGGGGGUUGAAUACUUAUUGACUCAAAACCGCUUCUCAUUUUUAAUGAAUUUGUAAACAUUUGACGUUAUGGGAUGUUAUGUGUAGGUCUGUGACAUAACAUCUAAAUUGUAUCCAGUUUAACUUCAAGCUGUAGCACAACAACAACAUUUGGAAAAGGUCAAGGGGUGUAAAUACGUUCUGAAGGCACUGUAAGUGCAUAUGGACCUUUUUUCUACAUACUAUACCAAUUUGUGCUCCGAUACUGUCACUUUAAAAAUGAAGUGUAUAGUUACUGAUUUAAAAUAUGUGAAUUGCUAAGUUUUAUUUCAUUUUGCAUUCCUGUACAUGUCCGAUUUGAUACCCCCAAAAAAAAAAAAGGUUUUUGUAUACUUUUGUGGAUAAUUUUGUGCGCAGUGCCAUAUGUUUAGAAGUGUCAGUAAUGUUCUCCUGAUGACUAGAAUGAGGCAUUGUCUGACGUGAGAGCAUGUUUUCAGCCCGUUGGUCUAAAGAUAGUCCAGUAUUGGUUCUUACCUAUACGCCUCCUCUGCCUAUUGGACGACGUCACCACAUUACACAUCAAACUCCUUUCCCAUGUGGAAUUGUUCCAUUUUUUUUACCAGAAGAGGGAGCUGUCUGUCCUCUGCCAUUUUUCUCUUCAACCGUUGAGGCGUUUAUUGAACUUUUUAAUGCUCGUCACUUUGGAAGUAUGCACAGUGCUAUACGGUUUAUUAAAAGAGUAAAUAAAGACGUCAAGUCUCAGUUUAACGGUACUUAUCCAUAGCUGAACACAGUCCUUCAGCAAUCUCCCUCUACUCUGGUUCACAUGUGUCGCAACACCUGUGUUGUAGAAAAAUGCAUUUUCCAUGUUUUAUACAUAAAUGCUGAUUGUGCCCCAGGCUUGCUGUUGGCUUGGGCUUUUGGAGGAAACUUGGCCAAUCCCAAAUCAAACCCUAGCCCCCUGUGCACCUUUUUUUAGGAGUAAUAUGGUAAUUGCUCCCUCUUGCCUUCUGAUAGGAAAAGUGGCAUUUUCUGCUAAUUGUAUUUACCGAAUUCCCUCACUCCUCCCGAAGUGCAUAGGGGCUAUGGGUCGGUUUGGGAUUGGGCAAGUGUCCACCUCUCUCUCUCUCGCUGCCUUACUGCUUCAGCUUUUCUCACUACCAAGGUCUAAACUGCCAUCAGUGCCCCGAUGUCAUCUUUGGUUUAAAACAUCUGCCUGUCUAUGCAUGUGGAUGGUCCGAUAAUGUGGACCUUUCAGACUCCAUUGUUUUUUGUUAUGCAUUUUCCAUUAUAAACGUAUUUAUUAAUUUACUGCUGUACUCCUCCUCCAAAACAUCACAAAAUCAUGUUUUUCUUUUCUGGAAUUUGAAGCAUUUUUCUUUUCUUUAAAAAAAUAAAUAAAUAUGCAUUGCUAUUCUGCA